AUGACGGCUGCGCUGUUUGUUUUCUCUCUUGUUACCCUCUCGCUCGGCCGGCCCAGCAUCAUAACGCGCUCGGAGAUGAUCGUCCGCGAUGAGCACCCGGCCGUUCCGAAGGGCUACUCCCCCAGCGGGCCCGCCCCCGCCGCGAACCAGACGCUCCGGUUCAUGCUCGCCAUGCCCCAGACCAACGUCCCCGCCCUCCACGACGCUCUCAUGGACGUGAGCGACCCGGACAGCGCCAACUACGGGCGCCACCUGUCCAAGGCCCAGGUCGCCGCGCUCGUCGCGCCGUCCCAGGACAGCGUGCAGGCGGUGAACGCCUGGCUGGGCAAGAACAACAUCUCGACCUCCGUCGCGAGCGCGUCGGGCGACAUGCUCGACCUCCACCUCACCGUCCACCAGGCGAACGCGCUCCUCGACGCGAACUUCACGAGCUACGUGCACACCGGCUCGAACAAGACCAUGAUCCGCACGCUCGCGUACUCGCUCCCAGCGAGCGUCCACGACCACGUCGCCUGGAUCUACCCCACGACGCAGUUCAUCGCGCCGAGCCCUGAUGCGCCCACGGUGGACGUGGAGGCGUUCACGACCCCCGCACAGUCCAAGUCCAAGUCCAAGCGCGGCCUCCGUGCGCGGGACGACUUCCAGAUCCCGCAGGAGCUGUGCGGCAAGGUUGUGACCCCCGAGUGUCUGAUGAAGAUGUACAACAUCCCCACUGGCCGUGCGAGCGCCGAGGGCAACUCGAUCGCCGUGAGCAGCUUCGGCGACGAAAACGCGCUCGACUCCGACCUUGGGACCUUCAUCUCCCAAGCGCGCCCUGACAUGAAGGGCGUCCAGGGCUACAGCGUCCAGCACGUCGACAGCUUCGUGCCCCCGAGCACGGGCACCUCCGAGGCCACCCUCGACGUGCAGUACAUGGUCAGCAUCGCCACCGACGUCCCCUCGUCGCUCAUCACCGUCGACACCUCGUCCAACGGCGCGAUCACGAUCGAUAAGUUCAUCGACAUGGCCAACUUCCUGCUCGACAUGGAGACCCCGCCGCUCGUGUUCUCGACGAGCUACGGCUUCAGCGAGCCCGCGGACAACGCCGGCUUCACCCAGCUCGCGACGCAACUCUGCAACUUGUACGCGCAGCUCGGCGCGCGCGGUGUCUCGGUCGUCUACGCCUCCGGCGACAGCGGGGUCGCGGGCACGUUCAUCAACAACCCCGCGCAGUGCACCGACCAGCCCUUCGUCCCGACCUUCCCCGCUGGCUGCCCCUACGUGACCGCCGUCGGCAGCACCACCGGGCAAGGCCCCGAAGUCGCCGCGUCCUUCACCUCCGGCGGGUUCUCGAACCUGUUCGCGCGGCCGGCGUACCAGGACGGCGCGGUCGCGGGCUACCUCGCCGCGCAGGGCGCGACGUACGCCGGGCGGUUCAACGCGUCCGGGCGCGCGUACCCGGACGUCGCGAUGCAGGGCGAGCGCUUCGUCGUGCGCAUGAACGGGCAGACGUCGACGGUGUCGGGCACGAGCGCGAGCGCGCCCGCGUUCGCCGCCGUGCUCGCGCUCCUCAACGACGGCCUGCUCAACGGCGGCAAGGGCCCGCUCGGGUUCGUGAACCCGCUCCUGUACUCGCGCGCCGUCGGCGCCUUCAACGACGUCACCCAGGGGAGCAACCCCGGCUGCGGCACGAGCGGCUUCGCCGCGCGCGAGGGGUGGGACCCGGUCACCGGGCUCGGCACGCCCGACUUCGCCAAGCUCUCGAAGGCGCUCUCGGGCUUCGCGUCCAGCACGCUCGCGCAGACGAACAAAAACGCGGGGGCCGCGGCCGCGCGCGCGCCUGCGGGUAUCGCGGGUCUCGCGCUCGUUGUGGUUUCACUGGUUGUACUCGGGAUGUGA